AAGUUAAGAAAUUAUGUUAGUUUAUAUAGGAAAUAGACGAGGUUUAAUCGUCGCAAGAGCAUGCGGCGUACACUCGAUAUUUGAAAACCAUCUGGAAAUGAUUAUCUUUAACAGAAGUUAACCUGGAGUGUGACAGCACAUCCAUGGCGGUUUUCCUGGACAUAAGGCAGCUACCAAACGGAACGAAUGCAGAAGAUAUUCAUUUCGAGGAUGAAGAUUGCGUGGGGAUCGAUCAUGAUACUACUCAAAUCGUUCUAUACACCAGAUACGACAAGUGUUCAACCAGAGUGCAAGAAACUGAGACCAGCAUUAUCUAUUCUAAUGUGGUAACGUCCUACAAACCUCGGCCGUUGCCAGGCACGGAAAUAACGCGGGAUAACAUCCUUAUGAUCCCUGUCAAAUGUGAACUUGAUCGCCAUCGUCUCCUGGGUAGUUCCUUCGACUCGAAGAUCGGCGAGAUAGUGUUCAACGAAACGGGCUACGGUGACUUUUCUCUUCGACUCGAUCGCUACACAGAUGCGACCUUCGACGAGUUCGCAGGUGACGACGAAGGCGAGAUCAUUCUUGGAGAACAUCUUUACUUUGCGGUUAAUCUGACAACUGUGGCUGGCUUGACUGUCUUUUUCGAGAACUGCUGGGCCACGCCAUCUCAGUACCCGAAUGACGCAAAGAGUUACAACUUCCUCGACAAUGGGUAA